AUGCUGCUCAUGAAAGGCUCCAGACGUACGAGGCUCGUCGUGAUCACGACGGUUCUGGUGAUCGGAACCUUGUACCUAGGCUUCCACAUCGAGGACAGAUCGAAGCCCUACGAUCUCGAAUCAUACAUCGAUCUCGGCCACGAAGGCGGUGGCACUCGGCCUCCAUCCGAUGGUUUAUACUCCGAGGGAGCACCGCCACUGGCCAGCGAGGGAGUGGCCUCAUCGAAAUCACAGUCACAUUCGCAGUCAGCACAACCCGUGCGUCCUGCAUCUUGUCCCAGGUUUGAAGAGCUGCUAAGCCUCCGGCCGGCGCCGUUCUCCAAGGGCAAGCGGAAGUUCCCGCUGGUGCGCCCGUCGCCGGAAUGCCGAACCUUUAGGCUCCCGUCCCUUGAGGCGCUGCUGGAGCGCAUGAAGGGGGUCAUCAAGGACCCGGACCUGUACCGGCUCUUUGAGAACAGCUAUCCCAACACGCUGGACACGAUGAUCAAAUGGAAGGGUUACGCGAGGCAACCAGCAGCACCGCCAGCCAUGGCCGGUGGUGCUGAGCAGCAACAGCCAGAAGUCGGAAGUCAGCUGGGUCCAGAGACGGACGAGGAGCUCACGUACGUCAUCACGGGGGACAUAGACGCCAUGUGGCUGCGCGACUCGGCGUCGCAGGUAUACUCCUACCUCCCGCUGCUCGAAGCGGACAAGUCGGCCGACUCCCUCGCUAGCCUGUGGAGGGGUCUGAUCAACUCGCACUCGCGGUACAUCAUCACGUCGCCUUACUGCCACAGCUUCCAGCCACCGGUCGAGUCCGGGAUACCCCCGACGCACAACGGGGCCUAUGAGCAUAACAACCCGCAGCCGAGCUACGACCGCCGGCUCGUGUUCGAUUGCAAGUGGGAGCUGGACUCGCUGGCGUCAUUCCUGCAGAUCUCGGCGGCCUACCACCAGCGCACGGGCGACCUGGCAUUCUUUGGCCGGUACCGCUGGGUCCAGGCGGUGCGGGCCGCGGUCGACGCCGCGGCCGCCAUGACACUGGGCACGUACGCUCCCGACGGCAAGGUGGAGAAGUCGGCGUGGACCUUCACGGGCUGGACGAACCGCGGAACCGAGACUCUGACCAACGACGGGCUGGGAAACCCGACGCGGGCCAACGGCAUGGUGCGCACGGCGUUCCGGCCCAGCGACGACGCCACCAUCUUCCAGUUGCUGGUCCCGGCCAACAUGAUGUUUGCAAAGUACCUCGAGGAGGCCUCGCUCAUCCCCGAGGCGCUGUCUUCGGCCACGAGCCGCGCCGCCGCGGCCGGCACAAAGAGGGACGAGGAGCUGGUGCGGCUCGCGGCGGACAUGCGGGAGCUGGCCAACGGGAUCCGCGAGGGCAUCGCUCGCGACGGCGUGGUGGUGCACCGCAAGUUCGGCGACAUGUUCGCCUACGAAGUGGACGGGUUCGGCAGCGCGAACCUCAUGGACGACGCCAACGUGCCGUCGCUGCUGGCCAUGCCGCUGUGGAACUAUUCCCAGAAGAGCUGGGGCGGCGGCGGCGGCGGCAAGGUCGACACCCCCAUCAACACGACGUGGGACCCACUGGCGGAGGAGCGCGAGAUCAACAGGAUCUACCAGAACACGCGGCGGUUCGUCCUCAGCGAUGCGAAUCCGUACUACGCCAAGGGUCCCGUGAUCUCGGCGGUUGGGGGCCCACACAUCGGGCCGGGUAAGGCUUGGCCCAUGGCGGCCAUGGUGGCGGGCAUGACGGCUUACGACGUGUCGGGGAUGAUGAGGACGGACUUGUGGAAUGUUACCGGGAGCAGCAGGAAAGCCAAGGAGGAUGAGGUGGAGGCGUGGUUGCAGGAUGAGGUGGCGACUCAGCUGCGGAUGGUGCUCGACUCAACCGACGGCACGGGAGUAGUUCAUGAGAGCGUCAACUCGUGGAAUGAGGGCCGGUGGACGAGGGCCUGGUUCGGAUGGGCGAAUGGCAUGUUUGGGGAGUUGAUUUUGAAGAUAGAAGAGUAUGAGAAGCGACAGCCGAAAGGGAAGGGACUGUUGUCUAAAAGUUGGCAGUGA